AUAACCAAAAAACAAAGAAACAAAUUAAAAGAGCAGUGAUGGGAUCCUCAAGAACGAUGGGAUUAGGGCACUGCAUGGUUUAUGUUGUGGUUCUAAGUGCCAUUGCGGCUACAGUGACAUCACACCCUUACUCAUCCCCGCAAGCACCACAAUACAAUACUCCAAGCCAUGAACACAAAUCACCUUACCCACCAAAAAAGUAUUCCCCAUACUACUCUGCAUCCCCACCACCUUCACCACAAUAUAGAAGACAAGGUCCUAAGUACACACCACAACCAAAACCAUACGUUUACAGUUCUCCACCCCCACCAACUUAUUACUCUCCUUCUCCCAAGGUUGACUACAAGUCUCCCCCACCUCCAUACAUCUACAGCUCACCACCUCCACCGUACUACUCUCCUUCUCCCAAGGUAGACUACAAGUCUCCCCCACUACCAUACGUCUACAGCUCACCACCUCCACCAUACUACUCUCCUUCUCCAAAGGUUGACUACAAGUCUCCCCCACCUCCAUACAUCUACAGCUCCCCCCCUCCACCAUACUACUCUCCUUCUCCAAAGGUAGACUACAAAUCUCCCCCACCACCUUACGUCUACAGCUCACCCCCGCCACCAUACUACUCUCCUUCUCCCAAGGUUGACUACAAAUCUCCCCCACCUCCAUACGUCUACGACUCACCACCUCCACCAUACUACUCUCCUUCUCCCAAGGUUGACUACAAAUCUCCCCCACCUCCAUACGUUUACAACUCACCACCUCCACCAUACUAUUCUCCUUCUCCAAAGGUUACCUACAAAUCUCCCCCACCACCAUACGUCUACAGCUCACCACCUCCACCAUACUACUCUCCUUCUCCCAAGGUUGCCUACAAAUCUCCCCCACCACCAUACGUCUACAGCUCACCACCCCCACCAUACUAUUCUCCUUCUCCCAAGGUCACCUACAAAUCUCCCCCACCACCAUAUGUCUACAGUUCACCACCUCCACCAUAUUACUCUCCUUCUCCAAAGGUCACGUACAAGUCUCCACCACCACCAUAUGUCUCAAAGACGCCAUACUAUUGAUUUUGAAUGGUUUCAUCAACAAUAAAUAUGAUUCUAAUAUUUUACUUUUUGUUUUUUUUUUCUUGCUUCUUAUGAUUUUGUUCCUUUGUUUUACUAUCUUUUUAUGUUUU